AGUUUUCAUAAUUGGGAUAGAAGAGUGCACCCUCUGACACUGAACUUGAAGCUGACAUGAACUUGGCCUUCCGGCCUCUAGAAGGUCCUUCUGUUCUCAAGACUUCUGGUCCACGCACGGCAUAUGACAAGCAGCCCAAAAGAUGAAGUCUAGAAAUGGUCCAUGCUAAAACUAACUCAGUCAACUGAGGGUCCUGAAUAAAGAGAUGGAGGCCAGAGAUGCAGACCGUGGAGAUUUGAAGCAAGGAUCUGAUAUGACCGACAGUGUGUUCAGCACUCACGCAGGGUGUGCAGGUGCACAUGAAGCAGAAGGCUACCCAGCGGAGUGGUCCUGCAUCACAUCGGUCAGUGGUGAUGGCUCUCAGGCCCAACAGAGCACAUGCUCAACAGAUGAGGUCUACCCAUUUGGGCACACCAGAAGCCAGUGUGCACAGGGCUUCUCCCAGGAUGAAGGACAAACUAAGAAGGAACAGAAGGGAGUUAGAAAGCACUGGCCUCAUACCUCCACAGUUCACACCCAGCCCAGCAACCAUCCUGAACUUCCCUGAAGCAUCAUGGGCAGAAGAAGAGGGACACUGAGAGGCUCUCGGCCGGGACACCUCAGCCUCUUCUUGGGUGGGUUACCUAGGCUUCUCUACCUUCACUCCACCUAGCUAGCUGCCUUCCCCUACACAUCAAGACCAGGGAGGACCCUACAAUACCUUACAAUACCAUGGCCACUUGACCAUGGUAAUGUAUAAGGAGAAGAGAACCAAGCAGAACAACAACAAAAAAGUACCCCCAAAAUAUCCAUGGUCUCCAUUUUGUGUCAACUGCUCCUGAGCAUGAGGCCUCCCUGGAGUGUGGUUGAUACAUCCAGUGAUAACCUUCUAACCUUCUAGUAAUUUCCUUUGCCAGCAAGUAUCAAUUGCAAUAGCUUCUUCAUUAGGAGUAUUUUGUAUCCAUUUGUAUCCAUGCUGGGAUUUUGUCUGGUUUGAAUUCCAGCAGCAGGUCUUAUGCAUGCUAACAGUCUCUGU